UCUUUCUCUCCAAACCCUCUUCACCAAAUCAGUGAUAGUGAUGGGUGAAGCUUAGGUUUUUGGGCCAGCCUUGUGGAAUCUGGUCAAGUUUUUGAAUUUUGGGUUGUUGGUCAAGUAGAAAGGGGGAAUUGGAUUGAAUUCAGUGAGUUGAAAUGAGUGUAGUGGGGUUUGACAUUGGGAAUGAGAACUGUGUCAUUGCUGUAGUGAAGCAACGUGGGAUUGAUGUUUUGUUGAAUGAUGAAUCCAAACGUGAAACCCCUGCUGUGGUUUGCUUCGGAGAGAAACAGCGGUUUUUAGGGUCUGCUGGUGCUGCUUCUUCUAUGAUGCACCCCAAGUCCACAAUAUCUCAAGUGAAGAGACUAAUAGGCAGGAGAUUUAACGACCCUGAUGUUCAAAAUGAGCUGAAAAUGCUCCCAGUUGAAACUUCUGAGGCCCCAGAUGGUGGCAUUCUGAUUCACUUGAAAUACUUGAAGGAGACUCAUACAUUUACCCCGGUUCAAAUUGUAGCAAUGCUCUUGGCUCACUUGAAGACUAUAACUGAAAACGAUUUGGGGACCUCUGUUUCGGAUUGUGUUAUUGGGGUUCCAUCAUACUUUACUGACUUGCAGAGACGGGCAUAUCUCGAUGCAGCAACAAUUGUUGGGUUGAAGCCUUUGAGGUUGAUCCAUGAUUGCACUGCAACUGGUCUUGCUUAUGGAGUUUACAAAACAGAUUUUCCCAGUGCAGCUCCUGUGUAUGUUGCAUUUAUUGACAUAGGUCAGUGUGAUACUCAGGUCUCCAUUGCAGCAUUUCAGGCUGGGAAAAUGAAUAUACUUUCACAUGCUUUUGACAGGAACUUGGGGGGGAGAGACUUUGAUGAGGUUCUAUUUAGUCAUUUUGCGGCAAAAUUUAAGGAACAGUACAGCAUUGACGUGUAUUCUAGUGCCAAGGCAUGUAAUAGGCUGCGUUCAGCAUGUGAGAAGUUAAAGAAAGUUUUGAGCGCAAAUCUAGAGGGGCCUCUGAACAUUGAGUGCUUGAUGGAUGAAAAAGAUGUUAAUGGCUUUAUCAAGAGGGAGGAAUUUGAGAAUCUGGCUGCAGGAUUAUUGGAGAGAAUUUAUAUUCCUUGCAACAAAGCAUUAGCCGAUGCAGGCUUGACUGUAGAAAAUAUAUAUUCUGUUGAGUUAGUUGGUUCAGGUUCUAGGAUUCCAGCUAUAACUAGAAUAUUAACUUCUCUAUUCAAGAGAGAACUCAGCCGAACGCUGAAUGCAAGUGAGUGUGUGGUUCGUGGUUGUGCUCUUCAGUGUGCAAUGCUCAGUCCUGUUUUCCGUGUCAGAGAAUAUGAGGUCCAGGAUUCUAUUCCUUUUUCAAUUGGACUUUCAUCAGAUGAAAGUCCAAUUUGUGCAGGAUCAAAUGGUGUACUUUUCCCAAAAGGCCAACCCAUUCCUAGUGUUAAAACUUUAACAUUUCAGCGCAGUAAUAUGCUCCAUUUGGAAGCAUUCUAUGCUAAUCCAGAUGAAGUACCACCUGGGACGUCUCCAAAAAUUAGUUGCUUCAAAAUUGGUCCUUUCCAUGGAUCCCAUGGUACUAAGACGAGAGUUAAAGUUAAAGUUCAACUAAAUUUGCAUGGCAUUGUCAGUAUCGAAUCAGCUACAUUGGUCGAAGAUCAUGUGGAUGAUUCAGUUCCAACUGGUGAUUAUCAUUCAGCUUCUACAGCAAUGGAUGUUGAACCCAUAUCUGAGACAGUUGAAAAUGUCAUUGAUGAUAGUAUCAAUAAAAAAAAGUGUGAAUCUCCACGUCAUUCUGCUGAUGGUACAAGAAAAGAUAAAGCUAACAGAAGGCUUCAUGUACCAGUGAAUGAGAAUAUCUAUGGUGGAAUGACCAAGGCUGAGAUCUUGGAAGCUCAAGAAAAAGAACUCCAGUUGACCCAGCAGGACAGAACAAUGGAGCUAACCAAAGACAAGAAGAAUUCCUUGGAGUCUUAUAUCUAUGAAAUGAGGAGUAAGCUCUUCAACUCAUAUCGGGGCUUUGCAAGUGAGCAAGAGAGGGAUGGCAUAUCUAGGAGUCUGCAAGAGACUGAGGAGUGGCUUUAUGAUGAUGGUGAUGAUGAAACUGUACAUGCUUAUUCUGCAAAACUAGAAGAUAUAAAACAGCUGGUGGAUCCAAUCGAGAAUCGGUAUAAAGAUGAAGAAGCAAGAGCACAAGCCACGAGAGAGUUGUUAAGUUGCAUUGUAGAAAAUCGCAUGUCUGCAGAUUCCCUUCCAGCCCAAAAUAAAGAACUGAUCAUCAAUGAAUGCAAUAAAGCAGAGCAGUGGCUAAGAGAGAAGAUGCAGCAACAAGAUACUUUACCUAAGAGCUCUGAUCCAGUAUUUUGGUCAAGUGAUAUCAAGAGCAAGGCAGAGGAUUUAAACUCAGUAUGCCUACGGAUAUUGGGAUCUAAAGGUUCUCCAAUUCCAGAAGACAAGAGUGAACACAAUCAGAGUACUUCUAAUCAUCGUUGAAGACAAUGAUGUGGUGAUACCCAACUGAAGACCUAAAUUUCUUUAGCUGAUAGCUGCUG